GGGGAGCUCAUUAGCCAUCUGCUGCCUGUGCCGUGGUUCUUCAGAAACGCUCCAAUCUAUUGCAGAAGACGUAUCCCACCACCACUGUAUCGGAAAAGAGAAGGUACAUGCUCCUGUAGACCGAUGGCGCCGGGCGACGUGGUGCCGGAGCACGCCAAGCAGCCCAAGCAGCCCAAGCCCAAGGAGAAGCGGCCCGGCUCCAAGGCCCUGAAGGCGGAGUGUGAUGCGGACGGCUCCUUCGUGUUCGAGGCCCACGAGGCCUGGAAGGACUUCCACAACUCCCUGCGCCACUUCUACGAAGUCGGGGAGCUCUGUGACGUCACGCUGAAGGUGGGCAGCAGGCUGAUACCAUGCCACAAGCUGGUCCUGGCCUGCGUCAUCCCCUACUUCAGGGCCAUGUUCCUGUCGGAGAUGGCGGAGGCCAAGCAGGAGCUGAUCGAGAUCAAGGACUUUGACGGGGACGCCAUCCACGACCUGGUGCACUUUGCCUACUCGUCCCGGCUCAUCCUGACCGUGGACAACGUCCAGCCGCUGCUGUACGCCGCCUGCAUCCUCCAGGUGGAGCUGGUGGCGCGGGCCUGCUGUGAGUACAUGAAGGCCCACUUCCACCCCACCAACUGCCUGGCGGUGCGCACCUUCGCCGAGAGCCACAACCGCGUGGACCUGAUGGACAUGGCGGACCGCUACGCCUGCGAGCACUUCUGCGCCGUGGUGGAGUGCGAGGACUUCCCGUGCGUGUCGCCGCAGCACCUGCGCACGCUGCUGUCGUCGGGCGAGCUCAACAUCCACGCCGAGGCGCAGGUGUACAGCGCCGCCGUCAAGUGGCUGGCCGCCAACCCCCAGCACCACGAGGCCUGGCUGGACCAGAUCCUGUCUCAGGUGCGCCUGCCGCUGCUCCCCGUGGACUUCCUGACGGGGACGGUGGCCAAGGAGGAGAUGAUCAAAGGGAACCUGAGCUGCCGGGACCUGCUGGACGAGGCCAGGAACUACCACCUCCACCUCAGCAACAAGGUGGUGCCCGACUUUGAGUACUCGGUCCGCACCACGCCCAGGAAGCACACGGCAGGCGUCCUGUUCUGCGUGGGCGGCCGCGGCGGCUCUGGAGACCCGUUCCGCAGCAUCGAGUGCUACUCCAUCACCAAGAACAGCUGGUUCUUCGGGCCCGAGAUGAACAGCCGAAGACGCCACGUUGGAGUCAUCUCUGUCGGAGGGAAGGUGUACGCCGUGGGAGGUCACGACGGCAGUGAGCACCUGGGCAACAUGGAGAUGUUUGACCCCCUCACCAACAAGUGGAUGAUGAUGGCCUCCAUGAACACCAAGAGGCGGGGCAUCGCGCUGGCGGCGCUGGGCGGUCCGAUCUACGCCAUCGGAGGCCUGGACGACAACUCGUGCUUCAACGACGUGGAGCGCUACGACAUCGAGAGCGACCGCUGGAGCGCCGUGGCCCCCAUGAACACGCCCCGCGGCGGGGUCGGCUCCGUGGCCCUGGGGAGCCACGUGUACGCAGUGGGGGGCAACGACGGGGUGGCGUCCCUGUCCAGCGUGGAGCGCUUCGACCCCCACCUCAACAAGUGGACGGAGGUGACGGAGAUGGGCCAGCGGAGGGCCGGCAACGGCGUCAGCAAGCUCAACGGGUGUCUGUAUGUCGUCGGCGGCUUCGAUGACAACUCCCCUCUGAGCUCGGUCGAGCGGUUUGACCCGCGCUCCAACGACUGGGAGUACGUGUCGGAGCUGACCACGCCGCGGGGCGGGGUCGGCGUCUCCACGGUGAUGGGCCGGGUGUUCGCCGUGGGCGGGCACAACGGCAACAUCUACCUGAACACGGUGGAGGCCUUCGAGCCGCGCAUGAACCGGUGGGAGCUGGUGGGCUCGGUGUCCCACUGCCGUGCGGGGGCUGGCGUGGCCGUCUGCCUCUCCCACAUCAGCCAGAUCCGAGACGUGGGCCUGGGCUCCAGCAACGUGGUCAACUGCAUGUGAUAGCGGGCCGGGUAAAACUCCAUAUCCCAUGGAACCCGACGGCCACAGCGCUCGAUCACACCAAGACCCCCACACUCCCAUUGACUCCGAGUCAAUGUCCGCAUCGCCAUCCCUUUGGUUUGGGUUUAUCUUAGGGUUUCCUCACCGAAAAAAACACUUUGCACACAAACUUAUGACAUUUCUUUCGCUCCCGCAGACGGCAAAGACUUGAGUCCUGAGGAGGAUUCCUUUGCAGCGUAUCUUUAGGGAUCUGCGGUGUCUAUAUUGUGUUUUAUGAAUGCGUUAUCAAUCUGAAGCCAUGUCUGAAGCCUUCCUCUUUUGAGAAGGACUUCCCCUCCUGGGUCUUUCCCCGCCCGCUCGCGACCGCCCCCCCCCCCCCCCGUUCAGUGAUGUGUUUAUUGUGUUACCUUCUGCUUCCUUGGUUUGACCUCUUGCCAGUAAGUGUUGUUUUGUUCUUUUAAUAAGGGAAAACGUUCACAGACAUUAAGCGUUGCUUCCUGGACCAACUAUAAGCCUGUCAGAAGAGUACAAAACUAUCUCUUUAACCUUUCGUUUGACCCCUUUCUAGAGAUUGCACUUAUAACCCUCCCGCUCGGAUCAUCGACGGAGGCUCAUGCUGGCGAGAACGUCACCAACACGCAGGAACAACCGAUUUCAGUUAAUUUUGUAUUUUGUGCAGUUGUUUACGUAUUCGAAAUAUCUUGCAAAACGAGGGACGGUCGGCCAUUUUGGAUCAGGGGGGGUGGAUCUCUUUCUUUGUGCUCUUUUCGACAGGGCCGCCCACAUCACAAGGGCCGCUACUUGUCCUGGCAACAAUCGUCCCCGGGGUGCGUUGCUAGCUGCAGGGCUCAAUAAAACAAUCUGCAGAGGUCAAUCCGAGUUGUCAGGGAAUCCUAAACCUUGAUUUGUUUUCUGUGUCAGGUAGCUUGACGAUAGCAGGUCUGUUCGUAACCCUUUAGUCAUGUAAGUGAUGACAUUCAAAAAAAAGAAUUGAGGUGUCUCUCUGCCUAAAGAUACAAGUAUAUUUUAAUAUAUAUUAUAUAUAUAUAUAGACACGCGUAUAUAUAUAUAAAUAUAUAUGUUUUUUGUAGGAUGAAUGGGGUGUAUCUUUUGUGGCGUUUGAUUUGAUACACUGGGUUAGCCGUAGCUAGGCACUGAUCUAUAGUACAUGGCAAGUUUGUUCUUUUGUGGGAUUUGAUUCAAUUGUUUUUCAAUUGAUUAUGUAUUUCCUUUUUUUUUUUUUACUAUUUGUUGGAAGACUUUUGGACUAUGUUUCAGGCAUUUUGGAUGAUCCGUUUUUUGAUACAGCCUGACUGAAUGGGGUUAUUUUGAGUUAUACUGACAUUCUGAGGUAUUUUUUGAUGGUGGUAGCAUGGUGUAUCUACUUGCCAAUUUGUUUAAAAUAAGUGUAAAAGGUUUGCUGUUCUACCUAUUUGUUAUUCCCAUUCCUCCUUUUGGAUUGCUUGAGUCUUAUUACGUUAACCUAUUUGAUGUCAUUGGUUCUAAUAAAUGUAAGCAUUGAAUAAGAGAA